GGAGAGAGAGAGGGAGAGGGAGGGAGGGACGCAGCAGCAGCAGCGGGAGGCGGCCUCGCCGCCCAGCAGGAGGAGCAGCCGCCGCCGCCGCCGCCGCCCCCUCCGCGGGCUCUGACAGGAGACGCCGCUCGCUCGCUCGCUCUCGUCCGCUCGUCCUCUCGUCGCCGCCGCCACCUGGCCCGGCCAUGGCGCCCGGGAGGUGGUGGGGGUCUCCGUCGUCGUCGUCGCCGGGGCCGGCGCUGGCCCUGGCUCUGGCCGUGGCCCUGGCCGGGAUGGGCGCCUGGAGCGGCUGCCGCGCCAAGGUUUGCCCGAGUGUGGACAUCCGCAACAGCUUGACCUACUUCAGCCUGCUGGAGAACUGCACGGUGAUUGAGGGGCACUUGCAGAUCCUGCUCCUGUUCAAAACCAGAUCGGAGGACUUCCGGGAGCUCAGCUUUCCCCUGCUGACGAUGAUAACGGACUACUUGCUGCUCUUCCGAGUCUACGGCCUGGAGAGCCUCAAGAAGCUCUUCCCCAACCUCACCGUGAUCCGAGGGACUCGCCUCUUCUUCAACUACGCUCUGGUCAUCUUCGAGAUGGUCCACUUGAAAGAGAUCGGCCUCUACAACCUGAUGAACAUCACGCGCGGGGCGGUGCGGAUCGAGAAGAACGACGAACUCUGCUACCUGUUGACCAUCGACUGGUCUCUGAUCCUGGACUCGGUGGCGGCGAAUGACAUUGUGGACAACAAGGACAACAAGGAGGAGUGUGGAGACGUGUGCCCAGGAACCGUCCAGGGGAAGAGCAGCUGCUCUCCCAUCGUGAUCAAUGGCAUCCUCAUUGAGCGCUGCUGGACCCACGAGCACUGCCAGAGAGUCUGCCCCGCUGCGUGCAAGUCCUACGGCUGCACCCCAGACGGCCGGUGCUGCCACCCGGAGUGCCUGGGCAGCUGCUCGGAGCCCCACGACCCGGAGCGCUGUGUGGUGUGCCGGAACUUCAACCUGGACGGCAAGUGCGUGGGGACGUGUCCGCCGGGCUACUUCCGCUUCUGGGACUGGCGCUGCCUGACCUUCGAGGCCUGCCAGGAGCUCCACAGCAAGUGCAAGCUGGCCCGGGAGACCAGCUGCUACGCCCUCCACCAGGGCGAGUGUGCCCUCGGCUGCCCCUCCGGCUACACCAUGAACGCCAGCAACCUGCACUGCACUCCCUGUGCAGGGCCUUGCCCCAAAGUCUGCGAGUUCCGCAAGGAAAAGACCAUCGAUUCCGUGACGGCUGCCCAGGAGCUGCGAGGCUGCACGGUGGUGAACGGGAGCUUGAUCGUCAACAUCCGUGGAGGCAGCAACAUUGCUGCUGAGCUGGAGGCCAACCUCGGCUUGAUUGAAGAAAUCACGGGCUACCUGAAAAUCCGCCGCUCCUAUGCCCUGGUCUCGCUCGCCUUCUUCCGCAAGCUCCAGCUGAUUAGAGGGCAGACUUUGGAAGCAGGGAACUAUUCCUUCUACGCGCUGGACAACCAGAAUCUCCGCCAGCUCUGGGACUGGAGCAAGCACAACCUCACCAUUGCCCGGGGGAAGCUCUUCUUCCAUUACAACCCCAAGCUGUGCCUGUCGGAGAUCCACAAGAUGGAGGAGAUCUCUGGGACGAGGGAGCGCCAGGAGAAGAACGACAUUGCGCCCAAGACCAAUGGCGACCAGGCCUCUUGUGAGAAGGAAGUGCUGAAGUUCUCUUUCCUCAAGACGGCCAGCGACAAGAUUGUGCUCAAGUGGGAGCCAUACUGGCCCCAGGACUUCCGGGACCUCCUGGGCUUCAUGCUGUUCUACAAGGAAGCGCCCUUCCGGAACGUGACGGAGUUUGACGGGCAGGAUGUCUGUGGCUCAAACAGCUGGACGGUGGUGGACGUUGACCCUCCUCCCCGGGCGACGGAUGGCAAAGUGCCUGCCCAGCCUGGGUGGCUGCUGCGGGGCCUGAAGCCCUGGACGCAGUACGCCAUCUUUGUGAAGACGCUGGUCACCUACUCCGACGAGCGCAAGAACUACGGGGCCAAGAGCAAGAUCAUCUACGUCCAGACCAACGCCACCAUGCCUUCCGUCCCCCUGGACCCGAUCUCCGUCUCCGACUCUUCGUCACAGAUCAUCCUGAUGUGGAAGCCGCCUUCCGAGCCCAACGGGAACAUCACGCACUACAAAGUCUCCUGGGAGCAGCAGGCAGAAGACGGCGAGCUCUUUGAGCUGGACUACUGCCUGAAGGGCCUGAAGCGCCCCUACCGGACGUGGUCGCCUCCUCUGGAAUCCGAGGACCUCCAGAAGCACAACGUCAGCGAGAAGGAAGACCUGGGGGGGAUAUGCUGCUCCUGUCCCAAGACGGACUCCCAGAUCCAGAAGGAGCAGGAGGAGUCUGCCUUCCGGAAGACCUUCGAGAACUACCUGCACAACGAGGUGUUUGUUCCAAGGCCAUCCCGGAAGCGGAGGGAGGCGCCAGGCCGCUUUGCCAACAGCACCGUGGUGGCUCCGACCAUCCCAGCUCCCGUGAACACUUCCAUGGUGGGGCCGGAGAGCACCGGGGCGCCAAAGCCCUUGGAGAAGGUGGUCCUGAAGGAGUCCUUGGUCAUCUCUGGCCUCCGGCACUUCACGGGCUACCGGAUCGAGAUCCAGGCCUGCAACCGCGAAGCCCCCCAAAAGUGCAGCGUGUCUGCCUACGUCAGCGCCAGGACCAUGCCGGAAGCCAAAGCAGACGACGUGGUCGGGCCUGUGAGCCACGAGGUGUUUGACAAAAACGUCGUCCACCUGCGAUGGCAAGAGCCCCGGAACCCCAACGGGCUGAUUGUGCUGUACGAAGUGCACUACGGGCGGCUGGGGGACGCGGAGGAGCAGCACCACUGCGUGUCUCGGCAGCAGUUCUCCAACGACCAGGGCUGCAAGCUGAGGGGCCUGCAGCCUGGCAACUACAGCGUGCGCAUCCGGGCCACCUCGCUGGCGGGCAACGGGUCCUGGACGGAACCCACCUACAUCUACGUUGCCGAUUACUUGAAUCCUCCCAACAACCUUGUGGGCAUUUUUGUCCCCAUCGUGUUUGCCAUCGUCUUCGCAGCCGUCAUUGGAGGCACCUACGCCUUUGUCAAAAAGAGGCAAACGGAAGGACCCACAGGGCCGCUCUAUGCCUCCUCCAACCCAGAGUACCUCAGCGCCAGUGAUGUGUACAUCCCCGACGAGUGGGAAGUGCCCCGGGAGAAGAUUGCGCUCCUGCAGGAGCUGGGCCAGGGCUCCUUCGGCAUGGUCUACGAGGGCGUGGCCAAGGACAUUGUGAAGGGCGAGGCGGAGACGCGGGUGGCGGUGAAGACGGUGAACGAGUCGGCCAGCCUCCACGAGCGCAUCGAGUUCCUCAACGAGGCUUCCGUCAUGAAGGGCUUCAGCUGCCACCACGUGGUUCGCCUCCUGGGGGUGGUGUCCAAAGGGCAGCCCACCCUGGUGGUCAUGGAGCUGAUGGCCCACGGGGACCUGAAGAGCUAUCUCCGCUCCUUGCGCCCCAAGGCAGAGAACGACCUGGGCUGCCCGCCUCCGACUCUCCGAGAGAUGGUCCAGAUGGCGGCCGAGAUUGCGGACGGCAUGGCUUACCUGAACGCCAAGAAGUUUGUCCACAGAGACCUGGCUGCCCGGAACUGCAUGGUCGCGGAGGACUUCACCGUCAAGAUUGGAGAUUUUGGCAUGACCAGGGACAUCUACGAGACCGACUACUACCGCAAGGGGGGGAAGGGGCUGCUGCCCGUGCGGUGGAUGGCCCCCGAGUCCUUGAAGGACGGGAUCUUCACAGCCUGCUCGGACGUCUGGUCCUUCGGCGUGGUCCUCUGGGAGAUCAACAGCCUGGCUGAGCAGCCCUACCAGGGCCUCUCCAACGAGCAGGUGCUGAAGUUCAUCAUGGACGGGGGCUGCCUGGAGCGGCCAGAGCACUGCACCGAGAGGCUCCACAACCUCAUGCAGAUGUGUUGGCAGUACAACCCCAAGACGCGCCCCACCUUCAUUGAGAUCAUCGAGACACUGAAAGACGACCUUCCCCUGACCUUCCAAGAGGUCUCCUUCUUCUACAGCGAGGAGAACAAGCCCCCCGAGACGGAGGAGUUUGAGCUGGACUUUGAGAACAUGGAGAGCAUCCCGCUCGACCCGGCCUCUUCCUUGCAGUGGGACGAGGGGCGGGACAACGGGCCCUCCGUGGGGCUCAAGGGGAACUACGAGGAGCACAUCCCCUACACCCACAUGAACGGGGGCAAGAAGAACGGGCGCAUCCCCUCCCUGCCUCGCCCCAGCCCCUCCUAAGGGCGCCUCUCUGACUGCGCCCCCCUCCCGCUCUCGCUGCUUCUUCUCUACACGAAUCUCAGGACCUGCAGUGUUGCUGCCACCGCCUACGAGGCGCACGGACUCGCUUUCUAUUCAGAUUUCUAAUCAUCCGACGAUUGUGAUGACCUUUCAGGGGUGGGGUUGGGGGGGGGCACAGGGUGUCUUGUGGCGCCUGCGGUGUUGGUUUGGGCGCAAGUGUGGGGGAUGGCGGUCGGUGGACCUGCAUCAUCUGUGAAACCCUGGACAGGCCACGCCGUGGCCACUGAUCCCCCUCCAGGCCACUCUGGGCCCCAGGCAGGGAGGGGUUCCCCACAGCCCCUCUUCGCCGGUGGGCCGUGGGGGAGCUCUGCCUCCCGAGCGGGAGCUUUUCUCUUCCACGGGCCUCUUGGGGGGAAGAAGGUCCCAGGGGACUUGGAGGCGGCUGCAGGAUCUUCACCACUACGGCCGCGCAUCAUGCGUAGGGCCCCGUCUCUCUUCAUCCUCCAGUUCGACCAAUCGCUGCUGCUUUCCUCCUCCUGCUCAGUGCGUGUGUGUAGUGUGUGUGUGUACAUAUACACGGAGGUCUGUGUGAAAAUGGGGAGGUCCUUUUUGUACAUGGCAGGUUUCUAAAAACCUAACCACAAGGUGGGGGGGAGGCGAUUGCAUUGCUGUCCUCUUGGCGUCACGCCUCCCCCCCCCCAUGAAUGAAACCUGAACAGAUUAUUUUUAUACUGAAGUCGCCUGGGGGCCCCGAGGGGGUCCCUCCGCCCCAUUCAGCCAACGAGGUAGCCACAGCAGUAGCCAGCUCUGGGUUCAGGAUGUUGCGAGUGCUGGCCAGGCCAGGCCAGCCCUGUAGAUAUGUUUGUUGCGACAGGUUUAAAUUUCCGGCAGUGCACCUCCUCUACAUUAUUGAUGCCUUUGUGAGGCUUGUUUUUAUUUUUGCUCUUUGCGGGGAAAGGGAAUGCCUUUUGGCUGACGGGAGUCUUCAAGGGGUGGGGUGGGGUGGGGUGGGGGCCCCCACAAGCAGCAAGUCAGGAAGGCUGAGGGGGGCAGCCUGGCCCUGGGCGGGACACUCUGUGCCACUGAAGGCGGAGAGCAGGCUGGGCCCCCCCUCCAGGCCCCCUUCCCCCCUUGGCUGUGUUUGGCCAGGCCUGCUCCGUGGGGCCCUGAGGUGCCCCCGCCCCCUCCUCUCCACCGCUUCCUUGCAUCCUGGGCAUGGGAGUGAAGGGGGACACUCCUUAGACCGAUGGGCCACCUUGCCUGGCUGGGGUUGCCCUCCACAAGUCCCGAGGCCCAUCGAGGCCAGCAUCCCCUGGCCAACUGGAAAGUCCUCAGGCCAGGGGGGCUGUCCCGAAGUGUGUCUGCCCCCCCACCUCUGAGAGUGUGAGUGUGUGUGCGUGCGUGUGCACAAGGACCUUCCUCUUCCUCUCUGAGCAGUUCUUGGUUUUCUUUCAUGACAGUGUUUUUCGGGGGGGGAGGGUUCUCGUCCCCCUCCAAAUGGUGCACUUUACGUGGUUCUGUUGCCUGUCCCUGCCUCCUUCCCUGUCCGCUCCUAGAUCACAUUUCAAGUGCUCUUGAAUUAAUGACCUUAUGUGGAUCUGCUUGUAUAUGUAGGAAAUAAGGCAUAACCAAGUGCUGCUUCAUCUCUGUGUGUGUGUGUGUGUGUGUGUGUGUGUCUAUUUUCUAAAUAAGCUUUUAAUUUUCUUUCCAUAUAAUGUGAAUCGUGUUAAGAGGAAACAAAAUCAAACAUUUUUGUUUUCUUGAUGAUAAGCAAAGUUCAGGCCUUGUAAAAACAAUGGAUUUUUAAACAAAACAAAAUGAUGCCAGGCUGGGCAGGUUCGCGGCCCCUCGGCCAUCCCCUGCCUGGCCUUUUGCCUUGGCCAGCGCCUCCCUGAGACUACCUCCAUGGCCGUGUUCAGGUGUCUUGCAGCGUCAGGGGGAAGCAAGCAGAGUCCGAAGCCGGCUGCUGGGAUGUGUGCGAGUGAGGGUGACGGGCUGCCUGGCAGGGUGGGCCAGCCGUCUCGGUCCAAAGGGGCUUCCCCACAGCCAGAUCCCUGCCCCAUGGAGUCAGACCCCCGCGGGGUUUCCGGAUUGCUACCCUCGUACAUGGCUCUGCAUUGGGGCUGCCUACCCGCAGGCCUUGCUUCUUGGGUGCCAGGCGAGGGAGGAGCGGCCUCCAAGGGAUGCUGGGGAAAGGGCCGGUGUCCUGGGCCGCCAAGGCGCAUGUGAGAAGCGAGCAGAACUGCUUGAAGCUCUCUUGCUUUUUAAGGCAAGAGUGGCAGAAGUGGGACGCAGGAGGACGCUGCCACAUACUGAGUCAGACCCUUGGUCUGUCUAGCUCAGGAUUGUCUACCCAGACUGGCAGCAGCUUCUCCAAGGCUGAAGGCAGGGAUCUCUCUCAGCCCUCUCUUGGAGAUGCUGCUGCCAGGGAGGGAACUUGGGACCUAGAUGCUGUUCCUAGAGUGGCUCCAUCCCCUGAGUGGGGGAAUCUUCCAGGGCUCACACUUCUGGUCUCCCUUUCAGAUGCAACCAGGGCAGACCCUGCUUAGCCAAGGGGACAAGUCAGGCUUGUGUUGCUCCAUCCCCCACCCCUGGACUUCUCACGCAUUCUGGAAACUGGGGGGCCUUUGGGCAAACCACCUGGCAGGGGGGUUCUCUUCUUUAUCCACCCCCACCCCCCCAGCAGAAACGGUGGCUUUUUCUGCCUCCAAAAAAACACCACCCAGCGCCGGUGGUGCCAGCUAGCCUGUCCUCCCCGGUGCCUUCGUGGCAAGUGUCGAGGCGCUGGGGGUCCUGGCACCCGCCUCGCCUCCAGUCGCAGCUCUCUUGGCCGUGGCCUGGUCUUGUGUGGCUUCUCUCUUCUGUGGAGAAGGGGGCUUGGGGUGAAUAUCUCUCUCCCGGCUGCCAUCGGGGUGGUUUGGGGCAGCCGGGAUCUCUUGCCUUGGGUGGGCGCCUUUUGCAUCCAGACGGGCUUUGCCCAUUGACUUGCCUUAAUGCCUCUUUGCACUCAGAAGGCGGCCAGGCUUUCCCUCCGGGCGGGGUCCGCCGCCCAGGUCUCCGUCCCGGAGCAGCUCCCAGUGGGCCAGGAGGAACCGCGAGCCCCUUGAAGGAUGAUGCCUUUGGGCUUCUUGAGACCAAGGUUGGCCGCUGCUCUUGUGAGGUUUGCUUCCCCUUGGCUCGGCUGCUGUGACAAUUGUCUUGCGGCUGGGCUGGAGGCAGACGCCACUUGGAGGCGUCCGGCUGUGUGAGCCUUUUUGCUGCCGCCGGGUGACUUGCUGUGCCUUGGCCUGCUCCGUUCUGGCUGGAGUGGCUGCAGGCGCCAGGAGAGGUGGAAGCCAGAGGGCCCAGUGGAGCUCUUGGGUUUUGGUUUCCGUCUCCGUGUCGAAAGUGUCCCCUCUUGACCUGGCGAGGGGCAAGCAAGGGCCAGCGGAGAUGAGCACAGGAACCCCCCCCCCCCGUGAGAAGCCUGAAGCAUUUCGUGGCCUCCCUCCCGGCAGCAGAGCGGUUUCUUCACAUCACUCUCGGAUAUGGAUUGCGUCACCCACACCGUGGCUCGGCUGCCACCUCUUCUAUUUUUUAUUUUUUUGAAAAAGCCUGAUCCUUUGUCUUCAUAUCGAAGAUCCAAAAAGAUCCAGAUGGCACCUGCCAGAACUUCAGAGACCUGCUGCAGGUCUUCACACGGGGGCAGUUGGGCUGGCUUUCCCUUGCUGUGCCCAGCACCCAGCACCUGACUCCUCUCUUUCCUGGGAGGCUGAAGUCCUGGAAAGGCUGCACACCAGGCAAGGCAGAGCGGCCAGACGCAGCGCCCCGCAGGAUAGAUUCCCUGGGAGGUCAGCCCCCUUUUUUCCUUCUGUGCCCACCUUGCUGCUUCUCAUGUGUGCAGAUGGUCCCAGAACACGGAGAGGUUUUUUCCUGCAAAAAUAAAGAGAUACCUCAUUGUUUUACAAUAAAGGAUCAACAUGUGCCAUGGUUUUGAAAAUGGAAUUAAUAGAAAAUAUCCACUUGAUUUAUUUUUUCAAUGCUUUCAUAUAAGAGCCAAGCAGUGAAGUGUACAGAGAGUAUCUUUGAAUAUAAAGUGUAAAACUUGCUGUGUGUAAAAUAUUGAACAAUUAACUGUUUAUAUAUUUAAAAAAACCAAUUCUGAAUAAAUUAUCCAAGAACAUCCGA